GAAAUCAAAAGAAAACAAUACAAAGCUAUCUUCCAUUGGAGAAGGCAAGCAGAAUAGAAAGAUAGAGAUUUUACAAAGAAAAAAUGAGUUUUCUAUUUGGCAAGAGAAAGACGCCUGCAGAGCUUCUGAGGGAGAAUAAGAGGAUGAUAGAUAAGUCGAUUAGAGAAAUAGAAAGGGAAAGACAGGGUCUUCAAGCUCAAGAAAAGAAGCUGAUCGUUGAGAUAAAGAAGAAUGCUAAACAAGGGCAGAUGGGAGCUGUUAGGGUAAUGGCAAAAGACCUCAUAAGAACACGACAUCAGAUUGAAAAGUUUUAUAAGCUUAAAUCACAACUCCAGGGUGUAGCUUUGAGAAUCCAGACACUGAAAUCAACUCAAGCAAUGGGAGAGGCCAUGAAAGGUGUCACAAAGGCAAUGGGCCAGAUGAAUAGGCAGAUGAACUUGCCGUCAUUGCAGAAGAUAAUGCAAGAGUUUGAGAGGCAGAACGAAAAGAUGGAAAUGGUUACUGAGGUUAUGGGAGAUGCUAUUGAUGAUGCUUUGGAAGGAGAUGCUGAAGAAGAAGAAACGGAAGAGCUUGUAAAUCAGGUGCUUGAUGAGAUUGGAAUUGACAUCAAUAAUGAGCUGGUGAAUGCACCGUCAGCUGCUGUCUCUGCACCAGCAGCAAAGGACAAGGUUGCCCAAGCUGAAUCAACUGGAACUCAUGAAGAGAGUGGGAUAGAUGAUGAUUUACAGGCAAGAUUAGAUAAUUUAAGAAGGAUGUGAUUUGGGAGAUGAUGAGAAGAUCUUUGCUUUGCAAUAUAGACAAACAUGGACUGUUCAACACUCAUCUCUGAAUUGCUUAGUUGGUGUAAUAGUGAAAGAACUAGAUUUCGUUUUGUAUAUAGUUUGUUUGGAGCUUCUGCUAAUUUCCUUUUCACAUUUCUGAGGUGUUUGUUGCUAAUCUGUUAACUUUCAUGUAUCCCAGCAAACAUGGACAAUGAUUUUUAAUGAUAUUUUAAUAACAUUUCUCAGUAACUGUGUUGAACA